GGUCCCAGCCCAGAUCGUUUGCUCGGAUCCGAAAGGUGCGGUGCCCGGUCGCAAACGAUGCGAGGCAUGCAACGUGCAUCUACGUUGCAUUACGUUAAUGACUUGUUUUUUUUAUGAGUAGUGCUAAAAGUGUACGAUCUGUGGCGUGGUGCGUGCAGACAGAGAGGGGGCUGUAAGGUGUGUAUCGGAUGGGUCUGUGGCCGUGUGUGGGGAAACUCCAUACUGCGCCGGUAGAGUGCACUCCGCUCAUGACAGAUCCGGUUUCCCUCUUGUAAAUGAAGUGCGCGCAGGGCACCCAAACCGCACCGGCUCUGAGGUUGGAAAAGCUCCCUGUGCUCGCUUUCCUCGCCGGUGACAGUGUUUGAAUGCGGGGAUCCGCUGCCUGACCGCCAGUGUGGGUUUCGGGAAAGCAUCGGAGGACACAUUGGUCUAAGGAUGGAAGUAUGGGUGAAGUUGACGCUUCUGUGCGGCUGCUGCUUCGGAGCGAUCGCGGACUUUGACGGCAGGUGGCCCCGGCAGAUGGCGUCCUCCAACGGCCUGUGUCGCUACGGAGCCCGCAUCGACUGCUGCUGGGGAUGGACGCGGCGAUCGUGGGGACACUGUCAGCCUCUCUACGUCUUAACACACAGAAUAGUCGGGAUAAGGUGUCAUCCUCAAGCCCUGUGCCCGCACGGCUGUAAGCACGGCGAAUGUGUCGGACCCGACAAGUGCAAGUGCUUCCCCGGCUACACUGGCAAGACCUGUAACCAAGAUGAGCAGGAGUAUGUAACUCCUCCAGUUUGGGACGGACACCCUCCCGUCUUUUUCCCCGUGGACCUCCCGCCAGCAGGGGUCCUUCCUCCACAGGACCUGAACGAGUGCGGCCUGAAACCUCGACCCUGCAAACACCGGUGCAUGAACACUUACGGGAGCUACAAGUGCUACUGCCUCAACGGCUACAUGCUGCUGCCCGAUGGCUCCUGUGGAAAUGCACGUACCUGCGGCAUGGCCAACUGUCAGUACGGCUGUGAGGUGAUGAAGGGGGAGGUGAGAUGCCAGUGCCCAGCGCCAGGGUUACAGCUGGGGCCCGACGGCAGGACCUGUGUAGAUGUGGACGAGUGUGCCGCGGGACGGGUGGUGUGUCCGCGCUUCCGCAAGUGCGUCAACACCUUCGGGAGCUACAUCUGCAAGUGUCACGACGGGUUCGAGCUGCAGUACAUCAACGGCAAAUACCAGUGCACGGAUGUGGACGAGUGUGCCACCGGCCAGCACCACUGCUUCCGUUCAUCCGUCUGCUACAACACACCAGGGUCCUACAAGUGCAAGUGCAAAGAUGGCUUCCGCGGGAUUGGCUACGACUGCAAACCUAUUCCCAAGGUGAGCAUUGACCCCCCCAGACCAGGGAAAAACCCCCCGAACAACAAGAUCCCAGACUACAACGAUAAGAAGCCACCCAACACCGUCCGUCCGCCCGCCACGCCCAAACUGAUUACCACCACCACCACCAGCACUCCCAGUACCACCAAGAAGCGGAUCAUUCCCACCCCCAAGCCGCCCAUAGUCACAGUCAGACCGGCGGUUCCCACGCAGAAGCCGGUGGUCCCGACCCGUCGUCCCCCCACCCCCACCCUCGCCCCCACGCCCCCCCGCAAGGUCCCAGUGCCCCCCACUCGGCCAGCCCCGACUCCCAAGAGCACCACGGUGGACAACAGCAUCCAGAACGAGGUCACCUCGAAGCCCAGAGGGGAUGUUCACAUUCCUCGGAAUCAGGGCCAAAACAACGUUCUGGGGUUCGAUUACGACAUCGAGUUGGGGAACACCGCAGAAGAGGCACACGACGACCCUGAUGCCGGUUUCCUGAGCUGCACCUUCGACGACGGGAUCUGCAGCUGGAUCAGCGACAAGGAAGGGGACCAGCACUGGGAGACCACGGAGGACCCCUCGGGAGGGAAGUACCUGACCAUCCCUGAGGUGUGGGGCCGGCGGAGUGGGCGUGGGGCGCGGCUCGUCAUCCCGCUGGUGGCGCCCUGGGAUGCCGGCGACCUCUGCCUGUCGUUCCGGCACAAGCUGUCGGGGCAUCACGUAGGCGUCCUGCAGGUCUUCCUGAGGAAGGCCCAGCAGCACAGCCCGGCUGUUUGGGGCCGCACAGGGGGCCAUGGCUGGAGGCACACGCAGAUCACCCUGUGGGGUGUCGGCUUGGAGAGCGUGAUCCUGAAGGGCGAGCGGGGGAGGAACCGGAGCGGUGAGAUCGCGCUGGAUGACAUAAGCCUCCGGAGAGGCGCCUGCACGGAGGAGCAUAGCCCGAGGAGACUGUAAUGUGGGGGGGGGGGGGGGGACUCCAAAAAUAAAAACAAAACAAAGAAAAAAAUGCAACACUGCCCCCCUCGCCUGUAUACCCCGAGCCCCUGCAGGCCGAAGAUGCCGCAUUCAGCCGAAAAGAAAAGGAUGAUGUCAAGCUUCAGGCACUCUGCCCCAGCCCCCAGCCCCCA